AUGUGGCACCAAUUGACCAUUCUCGCCGCGCGGCUCAACGGAUCCGAAGUGGUUGGGGCCACCGGCGACGUCAACGCCACCGGGCAAAUCUGCCUCGCUCUCUUCCUGCAAGACCACGACUACAACAUCUUCUACAGUAUCGCCGUCUCCACCUCCGACCCCGGCAAGCCGUCCAGCGUUUCCAUCUGGCGAGGCGCGGCGGGAGAAGCGGGAACCGCCGUGUAUAACAUUGUCGAGUCAGGAACAACCGCCACGUGGGCGAAUCUCACUCAUCCCCCGCCUCCCCCGCCCAAGGGCAAGAAAAACAAGGGAACACCGCCGCCCCCGCCUCCCCAGAAAUGGGACGUGGCUACAAACGGGACGUGGCUUAAAGCGAGUACAGUGACCACGCUCGGCGGGCAGGCCCUACGGGAGCUCGUGGAGACGAUAAUAGAGAUUCCCGACGGGUGCUACGCAUCGUUCGCGACGGCUGCUUAUGAGACGGCAGCGGCUAGGGGGCAGUUUAAGAAGGAGCCGCUUCCACCGCCGCCAAAGGAUAAGAAGGACGGGAAGAAGGCGGGAAGGAUGGAGGGAAGAACGGGGACAGCGGAGGGGAGAAUGGAGACGAUCGGUUCAAAACUCUUGUUGGUGCGGUGGAAGCACGUCUCAACGGCUCCAAUGCUGACCUCGCUGCUGACAAGCCCCACAACCAACGACUACAACAUGAAGUGCCACAUCAGCGUGACUCUAACCGACUCUGGCGAGCCCACCGGCUUUGUCAUCAAGAAAGGCGCUGACGUGGCACUCACCAUGGACACCAGCGGCGCCACGUGGACCAACCGCACGCUCUCCGAGUCCGAACGUGCCAAGCUGGGCAAACAGCCGCCUCCCCCUCCCGUCGGAUACAGCUACGAAAGUGUCGGCGCUUGGCUAAGCGCCAGUGGAUACAUAGCGGAUAACGGGCAGACUUAUACGCAGCUGAUGGAAUCCAUGCUAGCUGCUCCUGAUGCUUACUCUGCUCUCGUCUACACCAAGGCGUUCGAGAACGGUGCGGCUAGUGGUGCUUUCGAGAAUGUCACCAAGGGUGGUGGUGAAGGGUCUGGCAAAUUGGCUGGCAAAUUGGCUGUCAAAUUGGCUGUCAAAUUGGGCAUCAAAGCCAGAUUCGGACUUGCCUGA